AUGAUACUUGGUCCUGUUUCCAUCCUCGACUGCUUGGUCGCUGGAGUGAUUCUUGCGCCGCAACUAGUCUUCACCUCGGGGGUUUUUGCCACGCUUCGUCUCCUCUACACAGCCCUUCCGUUACUUUUGGUUCAUCUGCCGUUCCAUGUCAUUUCCCGCUACGUCCAGGCCCGGGAUUCACAGCCUUUCUUUAUUCGGACUUCCAGUUUGUUUGAAGACGUGGUGAUUCGCAUCGUUCGAUAUGGGUUCAUCAACUUCCCGACUGAGACCCUCAAGGUCUUUCUGUCCAAGCAAUUCGCCUACCCGCUUCUGAAAUGGAGGAUGUUCAGGAGCGGGUGGUUCACGUUUCCAGCUCGUUUGGAGGAGGUUGUGGUGGAAGAGGGCGACACGUCUGUUGCCGGCCUUUGGAUUAAGCACGACCCGAAACGUGAACCAGACGUGGUUGUGUACUACAUACACGGGGGAGGCUUCGCUCUGGGGUCAUGUUACUUUUAUCUUGAAUUUCUCCUAGCCAUGUGCCACUUACUAGGCAAGACCAAGUUCAACAACCCGGCCAUCUUCGCGCUUGAAUACAGCUUGGUUCCAGAUCAAACACACCCUACCCAGGUGAACCAAGCGAUUCUCGGUUACAGACACGUCCUGGAAUUGGUCAAUGACGCAUCCAAGGUGUGCGUGGCAGGUGAUUCGGCCGGGGGGACCUUGACGCUCAGUUUCCUGCGCGAGCUGGGCAAAGGGAGCAAGGACGAACAACUCAACGGUGCAACGCUCUUGGCUGUCCCGCGGCUUGCUGUUCUGAUAUCUCCAUGGGUCACACUGGUUUCAAGUACUCAUUACCCGUCAAGAGUAGACUAUCUGGAACGGGGCAGGUUAUGGAGAUAUGGAGAGGCGUACGCAGGCUCCAUGGUACAGGAUGCCGCGGCAUCACCAGGCCUUUGCGAGGACGUGCAUCUUUGGGAAACCGUCAGUCCCGAACGGGGCUACUUUGUCGUGUAUGGCGAGGAAGAAACCCUGGCACCGGAUGUCGAGGCGUUUAUCCGUCGUCAACGAAGAAGCAACGUCGAAGUAGACGCAAUGGAGUUUAGAGGUGGCGUGCAUGCUUGGCCGGUAGCUUCUCUGCUACUCUCAGGGACGAGAGGUCGACGUUUGCAAGGACUCGAAGCUAUUGUAGGACAAAUUAGACAAAAGCUGGGCUAA